CGUGCUCCCCCACCUAAAUCCCCGACUCCUCGCCUCCUCCCGUUUGUGGCCAAGCCCACACGGCACACCGUCGCCGCCGCUCGCCCCCGAGAAGAGAGGGAGGCGGCCGCCGCACCGACCCAGCGCCACCCCGCCCGAGUCCCCCGACCUCGAUUGGGUUUGAUCCAUGGCGUCGAAGAGGAUCCUUAAGGAGUUGAAGGACCUGCAGAAGGACCCACCCACCUCCUGCAGCGCAGGUCCUGUUGGGGAGGACAUGUUCCAUUGGCAAGCCACUAUCAUGGGGCCCUCGGACAGCCCAUUUGCCGGUGGUGUAUUUUUGGUGAACAUUCAUUUCCCACCGGAUUAUCCUUUCAAACCACCCAAGGUCUCAUUCCGGACCAAGGUGUUCCACCCGAACAUUAACAGCAACGGAAGCAUUUGCCUUGACAUUCUCAAGGAACAGUGGAGCCCUGCUCUUACCAUAUCAAAGGUGCUCCUUUCAAUCUGUUCGCUGCUCACGGACCCGAACCCUGAUGACCCGCUUGUGCCUGAGAUUGCUCACAUGUACAAGACUGAUAGGGCCAAGUACGAGUCCACUGCUCGCUCCUGGACGCAGAAGUAUGCCAUGGGCUAGAAGAAGGCCAACUGGUGAAUGUGUCCGAACCCGCCAAACGAUAUCACCUAAAUAACCAGCCAAGUCUCUCCCCAACAAGUAUGAAUGGACUUUUGAGGCCUAUUGCGUCCUGUUGAACUCAUAUGUAUUACCUUGCGAAGUCCGUUUGAGUCUGGUAGUCUGUUCUACCUGAGUGUUCCAUUAUCUGAAGUUGCCUCCUUAAUCAUAUUUAUAUAGUGUGUGCCUGUGUGGCGUCCGUUGCUUGCAUUGUUUAUUAAA